AUGCCCGUGGCAACUCUACACCUCCUCUCCCUUACAAAGUCCACCGACCCCCACUCCUUCCUCCACAAACUCAAGCAAUCCCCCAAUAUAUCAGUCAUCGUUGCAUCCCGUCCACGCCAUAUCGUGAUUCACCCAACAAAACUAGACAACAACCCCCUCGCAACACAGCCAUGGGAUCUCCUUGUCCUCCUCACGCCCACCAAUGCCGCAAGCAACGAGGACCCAAUCCCAUCAACAUUCCGCCACGAAAUCACAGCCGAGUAUAAACUAACAACCGGCAUACCCUCGAAACUCCUCUCAACCUACCCAUCCCGCAACGCUCAACUCAACCAAAACGCACCAUCCAUCCCUCUAACGGGAUCCCUAGACAAAGUCCUCCGCGAAGGAAGCAAAGACUCCUCGCAGAAUCUAGAAGUCUCCCCCGAGCUCCUAAAUUUCAUGACCGAGCUCACAAAGACACACACGGGCCCUGUCACAAUGCUGAACCUAUUGCAUUUCCACCACCCAGGCGGUAAAAAGAGCUAUUACCAGUAUGGCCAGGCCUUUAUCCCUGUUGCGGGGAAGCGCGGUGGCGAUGCCAAGUUGGUGGGUAACGUGGUGAGUCCCGGGCAGGGGCAGUUGGAGGAUUCGAGAGGUCGGAGGGAGAGACCGCAGGAGGAGUGGUGGAAUGAAAUUUCUAUUGUGCAUUAUCCGUCUAUUCGGCAUUUUUGUGAUAUGUUGGCGGGGGAUGAUUAUCAGGAGAUUAAUGAGAAGUAUCGGUUGACGGCACUUCGUGAUACGUUCUUGUUGUGUACGACUGAAUUUGAUGUUGAAGGUCUGGGGGCUUCGAAGCUGUGA